AUAGUAAAUGACUAUAUGUUAAAGAAAAAAAUGUUUAUGUUAAAGAAGAAAAUUAUUUUGUCACUAAAGACAGCAAGGAAGACUUUAUUUAAGAGGGAAGCAUGCAGUGGGGCUUACAGUAGGGGAGAGAUAUUGGAUUUGACUCUGAAUACAAGAAGGACAAGUAGAAUUCUCAUAUUCAGAGCCUCAGGCAGUUGCUUUUGAGGGUCUCUAAGUCUCUUGUGAGCCCUAAUGGUGGGGGUAUGGGGGUGCAAAGUUCAAGUGACUGUAGGGCAUUUAGGGCCUUUAGCAGACUGAGAAAAGUCUGUGGGGGUAGACAGAGGGAUGGAAGAGCUAGAGGUUUAAAAGGGAACAUAUUAAAGGAUUCAAGGGAGCUGAAGGGAAGUUUGCAGGUGGAAAAAAGGAGGAAGGAAGAGCAGAAGCAACGGGAAGGGAGAAGUCUUAGUUUUCCAAAUAAGCCAGUGAAGUUCCAAGUUAUCCUUAGUAAAGUCAUGCAACAUGAAAGGAAGUAGAGUUAGCUCCAUAGCGGUGAAGUAUAUUGUCGCAGGGAUUCAAGAAGGGGAUUUGAGUUUAUUGAGAAGCUCCCAUGGGAGAAGCAGGAGCAGAUAGAGUAGAGAGGCCUUACAAAAAGAUGGGAAAAAAUUUCCAGGCCAGGAGUGAGCCCUCACUUGAAACAGAGAGCUAGGAAAAAAGAAUCUUUCUAGACCAGGACCAGGUCUUAGAGUCUGGGAGUAAACCCUUACUCUAAAGAGUCAAGGAGAAAGACUACCAGCCCAGUAGCUACCUUUCAAACAAGCCUGGACAUCUAAGUCAGCUUCAGAGAGUAGACUUAGAACUUUAAGUGUCAGUAUCUGUCCUUAAUGUGCUUCAGUUAACUGUCAGCUGGAGCACUAGAGCCCCAGUUAGUCAGCCAGGAAUGAAGACAAAGGCUUUUAAAGAAUGAAUAUGAGCAGUUAAAUUAUGCAAAACAACUGAAAGAGAGAUUGGAGGCUUUUACAAGAGAUUUUCUUCCUCACAUGAAAGAAGAAGAAGAGGUUUUUCAGCCCAUGUUAAUGGAAUAUUUUACCUAUGAAGAACUUAAGGACAUUAAAAAGAAAGUGAUUGCACAACACUGCUCUCAGAAGGAUACUGCAGAACUCCUUAGAGGUCUUAGCCUAUGGAAUCAAGCUGAAGAGCGACAGAAGUUUUUUAAAUAUUCUGUAGAUGAAAAGUCAGAUAAAGAAGCAGAAGUGUCAGAACAUUCAACAGGUAUAACCCAUCUUCCUCCUGAGGUAAUGCUGUCAAUUUUCAGUUAUCUUAAUCCUCAAGAAUUAUGUCGUUGCAGUCAAGUAAGCACUAAAUGGUCUCAGCUGGCAAAAACUGGAUCGCUUUGGAAACAUCUUUAUCCUGUUCAUUGGGCCAGAGGUGACUGGUAUAGUGGCCCUGCAAAUGAGCUUGAUACUGAACCUGAUGAGGAAUGGGUGAAAAAUAGGAAAGAUGAAAGUCGUGCUUUUCAUGAAUGGGAUGAAGAUGCUGACAUAGAUGAAUCUGAAGAGUCUGCAGAGGAAUCAAUUGCUAUCAGCAUUGCACAAAUGGAAAAACGUUUACUCCAUGGCUUAAUUCAUAAUGUUCUGCCAUAUGUUGGUACUUCUGUAAAAACUUUAGUAUUAGCAUACAGCUCUGCAGUUUCCAGCAAAAUGGUUAGGCAGAUUUUAGAGCUUUGUCCUAACCUGGAGCAUCUGGAUCUUACCCAAACUGACAUUUCAGAUUCUGCGUUUGACAGUUGGUCUUGGCUUGGUUGCUGCCAGAGACUUCGGCAUCUGGAUCUGUCUGGUUGUGAGAAAAUCACAGAUACAGCCCUAGAGAAGAUUUCCAGAGCUCUUGGAACUCUGACAUCUCAUCAGAGUGGCUUUUUGAAAACUUCUACAAGCAAAAUCACUUCAUCUAUGUGGAAAAAUAAAGACACUACCAUGCAGUCCACCAAACAGUUUGCCUGUUUGCACGAUUUAACUAACAAGGGCAUUGGAGAAGAAAUAGACAAUGAACACCCCUGGACUAAGCCUGUUUCUGCUGAAAAUUUCACUUCUCCUUAUGUGUGGAUGUUAGAUGCUGAUGAUUUGGCUGAUAUUGAAGAUGCUGUAGAAUGGAGACACAGAAAUGUCGAAAGUCUUUGUGUAAUGGAAACAGCAUCCAAUUUUAGUUGUUCCACCUCUUGUUGUUACAGUAAGGAUAUUGUUGGACUAAGGACUAGUGUCUGUUGGCAACAGCAUUGUGCUUCUCCAGCCUUUGCAUAUUGUGGUCAUUCAUUUUGUUGUACAGGAACAGCUUUAAGAACUAUGUCAGCACUCCCAGAGUCUUCUGCAAUGUGUGGAAAAGUGUCAAGGACUAGACUGCCUAGGGGAAAAGACUUAAUUUACUUUGGGAGUGAAAAAUCUGAUCAAGAGACUGGACGUGUACUUCUGUUUCUCAGUCUGUCUGGAUGUUACCAGAUCACAGACCAUGGUCUCAGGGUUUUGACUCUGGGAGGAGGGCUGCCUUAUUUGGAGCACCUUAAUCUCUCUGGUUGUCUUACUGUAACUGGUGCAGGCCUGCAGGAUUUGGUUUCAGCGUGUCCUUCUCUAAAUGAUGAAUACUUUUACUACUGUGACAACAUUAACGGUCCUCAUGCUGAUACCGCCAGUGGAUGCCAGAAUUUGCAGUGUGGUUUUCGAGCCUGCUGCCGCUCUGGCGAAUGAUCCUUGACUUCUGACCUUUGUCUACUUCAUUUAGCUGAGCAGGCUUCCUUUCAUGCACUUUACUUAUAGCACAUUUCUUGUGUUAACAAUCCCUUUUUGAGUGUGACUUGUUUUGGCCCCAUUUCUUACAACCUCAGAAAUCUUAAUUUACCAGUGAAUUGUACAGUGUUGUUUCUCUUGCAAAUUAUAUUUUUGUUUUAGAAAGGGAUUAGGUCUUUUCAUAAGGGUGAGAACAGUCUUAUCAGAUUUCUUUUAAAUGAAAUGCUUUGAAAAGAAUGUUGCUAAUGCCAUAUCAUUUAAAGUAUUUUAUAGAUUAUUUUGAGUUUUAAAGUCAUUGGGGGUUAUUGGUUCUCUUUAUAUAUAAACACUGUAUUAAGCUUUGCAGUUCUUUUCAGACAUAUAAUUCUGAAGAUUUAUUUUCAGAGACUGUGCAUUUUGGAAACUAAUCUCUUUUCCAUAAUGUUUCUUUUAUUUGAACCAUUCUCAGAAGGCCAAUUCAAACUUACCCACAUACGAGAUUCUUUAAGAUUAUAGAGUAAAUUGGCUUAUUGGUGUUAGGUCAAUGAGCUAGCAAAGCACCAAUCUAUUUGUAUUUGCAUUCUUCAAAGACCCCUUGUUCUCACCACUGUCCCUAAAUUGUCAAAUUUCGGAGGGAUUUUUAAAAAUUCCACAAUUAUUUGAAGAAAUGUAUAAAUAAAAUCUACUUUGAGGACUUUACCAAGUAA